AUGCAUCCCGCUCCCGAAGCUCAGCUGUCCUUGAUGGUAGAUGCCACAACCGUAGCCGUAGGUGCAGUCCUUCAACAACGCCUUGCUGGUUCGACUCGAGCACUUGCCUUUUUCUCCAAAAUGCCCUUAUCAACUGAGACACGCUGCAGUACCUUUGGCCGUGAACGACUUGCCAUUUACCUGACUGUGAAGCAUUUCCGGCAUUUCCUUGAAGGCCGGCACUUCACUACUUUGACGGACCACAAACCGUUGACUUUUGCACGUCGGUCCCACUCCGACAAGUACAAUCCGAGAGAAAUCGUCCACCUGGGUUACAUCUCCCAAUUAACCACCGAUAUCCGCCACAGUGAUGACACGAAGAAUGAGGUGGCUGAUAUGCUGUCCAGGCCGCCACUGUCUUCCCUCCAACUCUCAUACGGGAUCGACCUCUGCGUCAUGGCGGCUGAGCAACAGCGAGUCGGUUGUCCUGGCGACGAGUCCGUUAGUGGUCUCCAACUCAAGGAUGUUCCUCUGACCACCAGCUCUGGUGCAAUACUUUGUGACGUCUCGACUCCUUUUCAUCGCCAUUUCGUGCCCGCCUCGAUGCGUCAAGCUAUAUUUGAAACUCUGCAUGGACUCUCCCACCCUGGGAUCCGAGCCUCUCAAAGGCUUUGCGCGGAAAGGUUUGUCUGGCCUGGCAUGAACAAGGACUUCAAAGCUUGGACCCCAUCGUGUCUGAAUUGCCAGAGCAACAAGGUGCGUCACAAUAAGUCUCCACCAGGCACCUUCCCCAGCCCAGACGCACGGUUCAGCCAUGUGCACCUGGAUGUCGUAGGCCCCUUCCCUCCAUCCAAUGGUUUCACUCACCUCCUCACCUGCGUCGAUCGGCACACCUGCUGGGCUGAAGCCACUCCUUUGCCGAAUGCACAGGCUGGAACCAUCGUGAAGGCCUUCGUCAGUCGUUGGGUCUUUAUGUUCGGUGCUCCAUCCACGGUUACCACUAGUCGUGGUGCCCAGUUUGAGUCUGCACUCUUCCAAACGCUACUCAAUUUCCUUGGCUGCACACGCAUUCGGACCACAGCCUACCACCCAGCAGCCAACGGUAUGGUUGAGCGUUUCCAACUCCAACUAAAGACCGCCCUGCGUGCCGUAGAAGACCCAGGAAACUGGUCGGACAACCUUCCUCUUGCACUCCUCGGCAUCCGCGCCGGUCUGAAGUCGGAUCUGGGCUGUAGAGCAGCUGAAUUGGUUUUCAGCACUACCCUCCUACUGCCAGGCGAGGUGGUCACCCCAAUUUCUCGUGCGGCCGACGAGACCCCUGACAAUUUUGUGCAUCUUCUAAGGCAAUUUAUGCGCUCGCUUUCCCCGGUUCCACCUCGAACUCCAACGACUGAAUCUUAUAUCGAAAAAGACUUGGACAACUGCACUCAUGUGUUCGUCCGGUGUGGCCGUGUGCGCCAGCCACUGGAAUCACAAUACGAAGGACCGUUCCGCGUGCUCGCACGCAACGCCAAGACCUGCCGGAUUCGUCGCGGUGACAAGGAGGACGUGGUCAGUGUCGAUCGGGUCAAGGCUGCUGUUGCAGAGGAGCGGGGCCUGUCACAGGAACAAAAAUGUGCUGACCCCCUAGCCCCUGUUCCUCCAUCUUCACUAUCGCCUGCACAUUCGCCUUGCCCACUCCCUCCCCUUCCCCCCUCGCCCUCUGCCUUUCCGCCCCGCAUACUUCCUCUCCCUACAUGUUUACGACAUCCAACUGCAACAUCAUCCUCCACCAUAGCACGAACUUAA